AUGGGGUAUCAAGAAUUGAAGGAAGAGGAUGUUUUCGCAGCCAUCUUCUUGAAGAACUUUUAUCAGGCCGAUCGACGAGAGGAUAACUUGGACAAGGACUUGGCGCAGAACUGCAAGUUGACACUUGCCUUCCACAAUUUUCUCAAAAGAAAAGUGACUCCUGAGGAUUUCAUGAAGACGUUGAUCGAGGCGAAUCCCAAUCUUCACAAAUUCGUGGCGAAGGAGUUGGAGCACUGUGCUGCUGACGACAUGUUCCUCAACGACAUGUUCAUGAUGGACUUUGACGAAAAGUGCGACGAAUGGAUUUACUCCGUCGGACUUGACAAUGAUCACCUAGACGCUCCAUUUUCUGAGAAGCUGCAAAGAGCGUUCGUCCAUUUUGAAAAUUUGGACUUCUCCGAAAGAAUUAAACUUGGCAAAUCGACGAGAAAGUGGAUAGAAAAACACUUUCCCUCUCUUGCGCCAACGCAGCCUGAAGAAGAAAGUACGCUGAAUGAAGAGAGUACGGCGGAAGACGAUAUUGAUCCUGGAGAGAUACUUGGCAAGUUUCAACUGCCAAUGCCUGUUACGAAUGAGAAGAAAGUAAGGACUGUAAAGUUUGCGAAGACGAUGGCAGAAGAGGACGUAGAUGGGUUUAAAGAGAUGGUAAAACUUCUCGAAAUUUAUCAACGAGUAGCUGAGCCGCUCAACGUAAACCUUAUUGCGAAUAUUCUCGUGGCUGAUAAAAGUACCGUUUGGGAUACUUUCAACAAUCACUUCCAUGAGAUCUCCCUCUUGGCGAGCAUUCACGAGGAUGGACGUGGGGCAAAACCCUUGCGCGUUUUAGCUCUUCGACUGGGGAUCGUUCUGAACUAUUUUGGCUACGACAACGCAGCUAAGAAGUGUUUGAUGGCAGCUCAGCUUCAUUCCUACACGAGCAAUGAUAAGGUGAUUAUGAAGCAAGUCAUGCUCUGGCGAGCCUUCAUCACAAAUGAAAUCCUGCCAACAACGAUCUUCGGUCAGAGCGACCGUUGGGGCACCUUGACGCAGCUCAAUGCUAGCCUUUGCGACCAGUUGACCAGCCUUAGUGAACUUCAACGCAUGCUUCGACUUGGGGAACCGAAAGAGAGUAUCUACAAGCGCCUCUACGAUUGGAUUCCAAACAACAAUCAAAAAGCUGCGCAUUUCUUGGCGAUUGCACAUUUCAUCAGCAUCAAAAGUGUGAUCUACGAAUAUUUCGGUUUUCGUCGGCUGUCGACACUCUGCAGCGAAACGAUUAUGAACAUUGGAGCAGCGAAAGGCGAAGAAACGUCGUUGCUGCUGAACUUUUCGCUUCUUCAGAUGAAUGCAGCGAAAUUAUUGCGGGUGAAUCUUCCGAAAGCAUCGGACCUUAUCCGGGAAGAUAAGGAUAUUCUCCAAGAUCUACGGAGGCUUGCGCGAGGGAAUUUUAAUGGAAUCGUCGUUGGAAAGUCUGAUGGAUCUUCUUGGCGCCUCGAGGAGCUGGAAGUAAUCAUCGAUGAGAAAAGUGAAGCCAGAGCCCAGGUUACAUUUGUUGACAUUCUGGACUCGAUGGACGUUAAUGAGAAAAGUGCUUUUAUUCACAUUAGGCUGCAAAUACUGCACUCGAAGAUAAGAAUGCUCGAGGAAGAAUUAGAUGAGUCGGAGAGUAGCCAAAUCAACGUGUCUUUGAAGGAAGCUAUGGAUCGAGCCAGGGCGAGAAAUUACAAGGGGCUCGAGAUGGAAGCAAACUUCAUGCUAGCAAAACUAGCCAUCCGAAUCGGCAACUAUGAUCAUGCCAUUAACUACCUCAAAGAUUCCGAGGAAUAUUACUCGAUGAAUGCAGAUCUCUAUAAUGAGAGAAGCCAUUUUCUUCAGUUGCUCACUGCCAAUCUGUUGCGAACAGUGAAGAACAAGGCGCUCUACUCGGAAGAGAGCAUCACUUGGAUUAUUAAAGAGCUUGGAGAGCUCGCAGACGAAUUCGAGGGGACGUCCAGUUUGCGAGACUUGAUUAAAGAGACAAUGGAAACACUUUCGGCGGCAUUCCAAUGUCUAGUCUGUAUGGGGCCACUGCAGGAUGCUCACCUGUGUCCAAAAUGUUCAAAAUUCUUUUGUAAAGAGUGCAUCAUCCGCUGGGUCAGUCGCCACAGACAGUGUCCACACUGCCGAUGCAACUUGUCAGAGAGUUCCUUGGUGAAAUGCGGAUGGGUGAGCGAUGUUACUGCCAGUAUUGCGCGAUUAGAAACGACUCACGCUACUACUAUUGCUCAGACACCGACACGGCCAUCAAGACCAGCGACGGAGACAAUACCAGAGCAAAGCGAAGGAUGUCCGCAAGAAUUGUGUCAAAUUCACAAAGCUCACAAAGACGUUUUCUGUACGACAUGCACAUCUGCAAUAUGCCACAAGUGCGGCUGCUUUUCGAUUUUACAUCGAGGACAUGAUAUGAAGCCGCUGAGCGAGGUUUACGAAGAAAUGAAACGAUCCGUCCAAGAAAAAAUUGAUGCCGUAAAAGUGAGAAACGAAGAACUCGAAAUUCUGAUCACUGAUUACGACCGAAAUGCAGAAGAGAUUCGAAACGCGAAAGAGCAGGGCCUUGUUCAAAUUCAAAACUUCGUUUCAGAGCGAAUCAAAAGUCUAGAAGAAAACGCGAAUGAACGAAACGUCGAGAUCGAGCGCUAUCGGAAAGUACUUCGCGAUGAAAUUGAGAAAAAUAAAGCUUCGAUUGCAAGAACGCAGCGUGAAACAGAAGCCUUAGACGAAGCCGAGCUUCUGCAAAAACGACGGGUCGUAGAAUCUUCUCUAGAUCAGCUAGUAGCUGAGCCUAUCUCUAGCUUUGUCUACGAGCCAGUUACGAGCCAAUUUAAAGAUGAACUCAACCCCAAAUGGAACACAGGGACUUUUACCGUCGAGAACUUCGAGGAAGAACUCUCUUCAAAUAUGCCACUUUACUCUGGGUCCAUUCAUCAUCACGGAAUGACUUGGCAGCUGAAGGUCUAUCCAAAUGGGAACGAAAUGGCUCAGAACUCUCAUCUCAGUGUCUUCCUUCAACUUUCAAAUGCGACUCCACUUCAUUCCUCUGCCAAGUAUACAUACCAGUUCAGCAUUCUCGAUCGGCACGACAAGUCGAUCUACGAGAAAGAGUUUACAUCUGAGUUUGCUAUUGGCGAGUGUUGGGGCUACAAUCGCUUCCUAUCGCUCCGCCGAGUCAACAAUCUUCUCGUCGACGGCGAUCUAAAGCUCAAGUUCUCUGUGCGACCCGAAUCGUUUCCGAUUGCUGUUCGCGACCUAGAAAACUACAUUAACUUCAUCACGCUCGGCGGCGCUGAUCUAGCUGAAGAACUCCAACAGCAUCCUCUAAACGAAACGAACGCUGCCGACAGAUCUUUAUCCGCUGAGUUAUUGGCCGAAUUAUCUUCCGACAACAAUGAAUCGAACGAAAAUGCGAUCUCAGAAUCGAUUAGUCUAUUCGAUGCAACCAGAAAUUUCGGCACAUCAGACUCGGAGCCUGAUGAUACCCCUAGACCCAAUAGCGCGCCAGUCUAUCUUGUUUCUUCGAGUGAUACUUUACCGCGACCACUGGAUUACGAUGAAGCGGACACAGAAGAAUUGCUUCUGUCGUUCGCGGAAACUCAACAUCGAACUCAGUUCACAAUCGGUGAUCAAUAUUGA